AUGGCGCCUCAGAAAUCGGUGGCGGAGGUGCCCCGUUCCCUGAUUCCCCGUCUGACUUGGAACGGCUCCUCGACUCGCACUACUUUUACCUCCCCCCAGACUACCGCCCUACCGGCGAAGCGCCAACAAAAGCAGUAUAUCGUACGGAGCUGGAUUUCUGCUGGACGACAAGUGCAUACCUCGACUUCCCCGUCCACUGCCUCUUCAACAUUCCCCGCAACAGCCCGAGAUCUAGGCACAUCGAUCGCAAGACGCUUCCCUUCCACAACCAAGCCGGCCGGCCAACCAGCAGCACCCCUGGGGAACCCCAUCCGGCAUAAUGGUGUCUAUGUCGCUGCAUUCAACCCGGCUCGGAGAGCUUUUCAUGCGUCCGCUCCGCGCCAGCGCGACCAUCACUUUGAUACAUUGAAAUUCGUCCAACGAUUGAAAGAUGAGGGGUUUAGCGAAGAGCAGGCUGUUGCUAUGAUGCGGGUCCUGAACGACGUCAUUCAGGAGUCCAUCCAGAACUUGACUCGGACAAUGGUGCUUCGGGAAGACACGGAACGAUCGGCCUACACACAAAAAGUCGACUUUGCCAAACUCCGCUCCGAGCUCCUCAACGCAGAUUCUACCGAAGCGCAAUUGACUCGCUCGUCGCACGAAAAGAUCGCCGCAGACCUCGCCAAACUCAACUCUCGUCUACGCGACGAGAUCGGUCGCACGCAGGCAUCAGUGCGACUGGAUCUAAAUCUGGAGAAGGGUCGUAUCCGGGAAGAAGCCAAUGGCCAAGAAAUGCGUAUAAAGGAGACGGAAACGAGGAUUGAGCAGGAGGUGGCUGGGUUGAGAGAGCGUGUAGAGGCUGUCAAGUUCUCCACGCUACAAUGGCUCAUGGGUGUAUGCACUGGUACCGCUGCUCUGAUUCUUGGUGCCUGGCGUCUCUUCAUGUGA